AUGGCCUCCUGUUACCAGUUGCCCGGCGAGGACAGCGGACAGCUCGGCGGCCGGAGAAGCAAGGGCGAAAAAGCAAACCUUCUGGGGCCCCUCUUCUCGCCUGCCUCCGCUGACCCUUCCACCAAGCCGCCCUCCCAAGAGAAAGGAGCAAGAAAAAUGCCUGUGCAAACAAGCCUCGGAGGGCUGGGGGAAGUGGAGCUGGAAAGAAGGGAGGAAUUCGGAAAGCGCCGCUGUCCCGGGAAGCAGGAAGGAGAAAGUCUCUCCUUUCAGCCCCCGGAGUCCCCGGCGAAGAGGGAGAUGACUGGUUCUGCAGGCUAUGGGCUGGCCCCGCUGUGUCCCGGAGGCGGCAAAGCACAACUUUCCUCCGCUUCUCCCCCCGGGGCCGGAUUCCUGCUGCCGCCCCCGACGCCACCACCGCUACUGCUGCUGCUCUUCCCGCUGCUGCUCUUCUCCCGGCUCUGUGGUGCCUUAGCUGGGCCAAUUAUUGUGGAGCCACAUGUCACAGCAGUAUGGGGAAAGAAUGUUUCACUGAAGUGUUUAAUUGAAGUAAAUGAAACUAUAACACAAAUUUCAUGGGAGAAGAUCCAUGGCAAAAGUUCACAGACUGUUGCAGUUCAUCAUCCUCAGUAUGGAUUCUCUGUUCAAGGAGAGUAUCAGGGAAGAGUCUUAUUUAAAAACUAUUCACUUAAUGAUGCGACAAUUACUCUACAUAACAUAGGAUUCUCUGAUUCUGGAAAAUACAUAUGCAAAGCUGUUACAUUCCCGCUUGGAAAUGCUCAGUCCUCUACAACUGUAACUGUAUUAGUUGAGCCCACUGUGAGCCUGAUAAAAGGGCCAGAUUCUUUAAUUGAUGGAGGAAAUGAAACGGUAGCAGCCAUCUGUAUCGCAGCCACUGGAAAACCAGUUGCACAUAUUGACUGGGAAGGUGAUCUUGGUGAAAUGGAAUCCACUACAACUUCUUUUCCAAAUGAAACGGCAACAGUUGUCAGCCAGUACAAGCUGUUUCCAACCAGAUUUGCUAGAGGAAGGCGGAUUACCUGUGUUGUAAAACAUCCAGCCUUGGAAAAGGACAUCCGAUAUUCUUUCAUAUUAGAUAUACAGUAUGCUCCAGAAGUUUCGGUAACAGGCUAUGAUGGGAAUUGGUUUGUAGGAAGAAAAGGUGUUAAUCUCAAGUGUAAUGCUGAUGCAAAUCCACCACCCUUCAAAUCUGUGUGGAGCAGGUUGGAUGGACAGUGGCCUGAUGGUUUAUUGGCUUCAGACAAUACUCUUCAUUUUGUCCAUCCCUUGACUUUCAAUUAUUCUGGUGUUUAUGUCUGUAAAGUGACCAAUUCCCUUGGUCAAAGAAGUGAUCAAAAGGUCAUCUACAUUUCAGAUGUCCCAUUUAAGCAGACCUCUUCCGUAGCCGUAGCUGGAGCUGUAAUCGGAGCUGUUCUUGCUCUCUUCAUCAUUGCUGUCUUUGUGAUUGUCCUGCUGACUCCUCGAAAAAAGAGACCAUCCUAUCUUGACAAAGUGAUCGACCUUCCACCCACACAUAAACCACCUCCCAUGUAUGAAGAACGAUCCCCACCCUUGCCUCAAAAAGAUCUAUAUCAGACUGAACACUUGCCUUUGCAGACUCAGUUCAAAGAAAGAGAGGUUGGCGGUCUCCAGCACUCUAAUGGACUAAAUAGCAGGAGAUUGGACUAUGAAGAUGAGAAUCCCACGGGGGAAGAUGGGAUUCAGCCGCUGUACCCUCUUUACAGCCAGAUAUGCUACCAAGACCGGAGUCCUGGCAAACAUCAUGAAAGCAACGAGCCCGAGAGAGUCUACAUCAACCCACGAGAACACUACGUGUGAUUUCCCUCUUUCCAGUGUAUGUCCUCCUGACAAACGUUUAAUCUUAGACUGGGGAGAGAAACUGAGGCCAAUGGUUAUGAUUUUAUUCUCUCGUAUAAAAUAAUCCCAGUUUACCUGUAUCAGAAGUCGUGAUGAAUGGCUUGGAGCCAACAGCAAAUUUCUUUCCUUCCUCAAGUUUCUUAGCCACCAGGUGUGUCUGGGAACUUGACAAUAGCUUUGUCUGUCUCUGUGACGGUAGCGUUUAACUACUAACAUUUGGCCCACAACAGCUCGUUCAUUUAAAUGUAGAGCAUCUGCCUGUGAUAGCAGCAGUGAUUCUCCAGAAAGAAAGGCCCCGGCUGGGAAUGUUAACCUUGCUGGGGCUUAGGAAGGCCAGCCUGUUCAGCUGUAACUCAAAUGAGCAGAAAAAGGAGUUCAGAAUCCAUCCCUCUAAUUAUUUCAUCGGGAUUUGGCUUUCCCUGACAUGCUUAAUGCAAUUACAGUACCUGUGCAAACAGGAGGCCUGAGGAAAGAUGCAAAAUUUGCUCUUUAUCCAAAACAACAACAACAACAAGAACCAAAAGCAGUUGAAGCCCUCAAGCCUGUUGGUUGCUUUUAAAGUCUUGUGAUAACUGUAAUCGGUGUUCUUUCGUGAUCACUAAGGUCGGAGGGAUACGUGUUUUGUGCCGUUCUCUGCCUAGGCUUGAUGAGCUGCGUGCUCACCAAGCUUCUGCUCUCACUCUGUUGUUCCCACAGUUCUGUUCUUUCCUAGCCAGAUUAGCCUAUUUCCCACCUAUGAAAUUCUAAAAGCCUUGGCUAAGUGGUGGACAGCCUUGAGCCCUGUCCCUCUUUUCUGUAGUAUUGCAUAUGACAAGCUCAGCUUUCACUUCUGAAAUUCCUUUCAAACUAAUCCUAACCACACAGGCUUUGGCCACCCUCUGCUUCUUCAGACUACUUCUCCUCCAUGUUUUAUCUACCUCAGAAAAGCCUACUGGAAAAUCACCAUGAAAUAACUCCUGCUCUUAAAAGCCAGGUAGAAAAUGUGAAUUUUUUUUUUUUUUAAGUGCCACUUCAGUAUGGCGUAUAUGCUAAACCCUCAUGUUGUCCUUUAUCCCCCCACCCUCUUUUACCUAGUCAAGAACAAGAGUCAAGGGAUGCUAAAAAGCAAAUAAUAUAGUGACUGACUUACCAGUGCAACAUUUUGGUGCCUGCAAAUAUCUGUCUUGAGUUUUCUCCGUCCCCUUUGCCAACGUAGCCUCACUGAGGUUGAAGGUAGUAAUUAUAGCGGGGUGAGCAGAGGAGGGGGCCCAGGUACCCGCGCAAAUGUCGAUCACUCUCACAUCUUAAGGAAGGCAUUGUUUUACCGUGUGUUCUGGAAGAUGAGAGGUAUGAAAAACACUGCAGACUUGUCGUAUAUUAGGAAAGAAUGACAUAAGUACUAAUAAAAGAGUACACGUUUCCACCCUAAGUUUCAGCGGGGACAGGAGAAUAUGGACCUAGAUUUCUAAUGAGAUACCAAAGAUACUUUGUGAUUCAUGUUGUGCCGGCUGCGGUUCUGGCUCGUGUGUGUGUUCCCUUGUUUUAGUGCCACACUCUUAAAGGCAAGUUUUCCAGGUGGUUCCACAGUAGUCACGCGGUCUGCCCCUAUUGCCUGGGGGACUGACAGUUCUAGGAGAAAAGAUGCUUAAACUCUAACUCAGCACUUUAGCAAUUGAAAAGGCUCUAGGGUUAUAUGGAAUUCAAGGGUAAAUCCCAAGGACCCUCCUUGCUGUAUCACUGCGCUACCUCAGAGUUUACUGCCCUUUGUUGCAAGAUGGCAUGGAAAGAACAUAUUUGAUUAUUACCUGGAAUCCCAUCAGUGAAUUAGUGUAGCUGAAGGUGGAGGAAUCCUUGCAAUUGUUUCCCAACAGAAAGAUGGCUGUGGUUGGAGUUCUCCUUGAGAAUAAAGUGUUUUUAUAAAUACUAGAUGUUACAAAGGAAGAGAUACGGUGGUAUGUCAGCUCCUUUAGAAAGCUUUAAAAAUGCCUUACACACUAGGGAUGGUUUCUAGAGUCCUGCUGGGAAGUGGGUUGAUGAAUUAGAAUCACAAAAACUUAUCUUGGACCUUGGAGGGGGUAGUAAAGAGGUCUUCAUUUGCACUAGAUUUGGAAGGGCUGGGUUUUCAGUGCCUUUUGGCCUGUCUUCAGAGCCCUCCCUACCAAGAAGAACCCACUAUAAAAUUUUUAACAUUUUGAUGUAGUUAUGGAAAAGAAAUUUCGUGGUGUAGACACCUCUCUUAUAACCAGCCAGUUCACUAUCCUCUUUGCUUCUCUGUCAGCUACAAUAGUUCUCGAACAGACUGGUAGAUUUUAUAGCUGUUGGCCCUUUUCAUGGGUCAGAUAAGCUAUAUAAUUGUUUAUCCUGGUGUCUCCCUUCUGUUCUCUCUGAACACUGAGUGGAACAGAAAGGAGCUUUAAAAGGGUUUGAUCAGCCAGCCCCCUCAAACAAAAAAUGCCAUCCGAAAUUAGCCCGUUGAUUUCUAAAUUUGGAGCUUAGACAACUUGAUGAUGUCUGUUUAAAUUUGGAAGUUAUACUCUUAAAGGUCAGUGAGUGAUAUAAUCCACAGCUGAUACUAGAUACUCUUCCCAUAACUGGUUUACUAGAACACACGGAAACAGAAAGAAAUCCCCAGAGUGCUUAUCCGCUUAAGGUCGAAGUUUAACGUUUCGGGGGGGUUGGAGUGUGCGUGCUCCCUCUCAGAAUUGCAGCCAUGGUGGCCCGUUGCAUGGGCAGCCCAGGCUCCAGGGUCACCAACCUUUGCACACCAAGCCAAAGUACAGCCUCUGGGCCGUCCAGGAUUGGCCCGGCAUAAUGGGAUAUGAAUUGACAUUAAUUCUUAAAUGGCAGUGAUUUGUUGCCUCUUCUGUGAGGGUUCUCCUAUCCUUGUCCUUCUUAUAUUUUCUAAGUUUGAAGAAGUCCAUGCUUUCUGAUAAAAUUCUUACCUGUGAUAGACCUCCCUGUAACACACACAUGGUAGAUACUAAAGAAAUAAAUGCCCUCUAAACUAAAUGAGCUGGUUCCUCAUAAAUCUUUUAGGGCCUCAUUUACUCACAAGGGUAGCACAAUUUCUUCGUCCAUCUUUUGGGGAUGAUUUCCUAAAUGCUCUUCCAUAGUAGUCUAAAAUUGACUUUUGCUUUUCGUUGUACACUCUUUGCCUGCACUGGGCUGGCCUCGUGGUACUAUUCUUUACAUACAAUAGAGCCUUCCUUCAAGCCUCUUAUUCCCUGGGGUGUCGAGGACAGACCAUCUACCAAGAACCAAAAGAACAGAUUCUACUCCCAACCUCCCCCAUUCUGGCUGCGAAAACCUGAACAAGUCACCUAACCUCGCUAGGGCAUCGGCUGCCCAUUAUCCAUAAAGUGGAGAUUUUACCUUUCCUGUCAGCCUCUCAGAAAUGUGAGAGUUAAACAAGAUAAUAAUACAUGGGAAAUUAUAAGUUCUCUUCAAACUGAAAAAGCCUAUGACUCUAUUAUUAUUAAAUGUUGAACCUAAACUCCCAGCGCCCUCACCAGCACUGGGGAGAACCAAGUGGUAACAUGAAAACUUCAAUUUGAUCCAAUUUGAGUAUAGCCAAGUGCAAGAGGGACUUAUACUUUCUUUUGCUGUAACACCUAUUUUGUCUUAUGGAAAGCUUGAUAUCUGGAGCUUAGCCUCUUAAGCUUUGUCUAAAAUUGCAAAUGCAUGUUGUCAUAACCAGGGGUGCUCUUGGUUUUCAGAUUACUACUAAUAACAGCUACAUUAUUGAGUUUGUGAUAUGGACAGGAUUCCCAGACAAGUCUCCUACAUGAAUCCCUUCACAGACUAGGACCAAACUCCUGUGUCAUCCCCUUUCCAGGAGCCCCUGUGGGGAUGGAAAGGCUCACACUCCUAUGCUGCACACCCACAGACCAUGCUAGUCACCAACCAGCUGUUACUUCUUUAAAAUCUGCUUCUGGGGAGAGGAGUUAAGAGAAUACAUUUUCCUGAUUGUUUUUGAAUGGAGGUCUAAGAAAAUGCAUAAGAAAAAAACCCAUAAAAAACAUUUAUUAAAAUGUUUGGAAGCACAAAUGCUCAUUUUUACUUGGUUUUUGAACUUCUCAAAAUGCUCAGAAAGACUUAUAUCUGUUAGAUAACCAUAGCUGCAAAAACAAUCAAAUAAUUAAAGCCACUCCAUCCCAGUUGGUUCAAAAUAAUUUGGGCACAAACUUCUCUCUAACACCUUCACCUUAGUUCUUUGAUACACCGAUCACUCUGUUUGGUCUGUCCCACCUUUAUUGAACUCCCAGGGAGAGGCGGAUAGAUGGAAAACUAGCUAGCUUUGGUAGAAAACCAGAAGGAGAAUAGGAAGAGUGUGAAGUAGAAAUGCCAGGGUCCCCACCAGUGGUUCAGCCGUGUGCUUAACUGACAAGGUUCUUCAUCCUUGGACUCUUUGCAGAUCUUCUAGGAGGACCAGGGACUUCAGUUCUUCUGAUAAACCAGAAACUGCUAUCAGCAAGCCUAUUCAACUAUAGAUGCUGCCUGGAUUAAUUUUAUUAUAUCUAUAAGGAAUUUCUAUUUCUUCCAUUAAAGAAAAUUGUUGUGAACUGGACUUGGCCAGUUUGGUCCCUUGCAGAGAUUUGGUGGUUCUGGUAGCCUUCAGGAGGUAGAGGUGGGUGAGGGCUGUAGCUCUUCUCCCACCCCCAUCCCCAACCUCACCAGGUGAUUCUUCACACUGAAAUCACCGUUUGACCCAUUUCUGCAUCAUUCAUGUUGAUAAGCAAGCAGGCACCCUGUAACAGUCAAAUGUCCUGUAAGCUUGAAAAUGUUCCAGUUCUGUUCUUUAGGGAAUUCAACAAUAUCUUAUGCAAAAGGUUUAUUAAAAGCAAAUCCAAUAAUAUUCCAGUAUAUUUAGUGUCAGGUGACCCAAUUCUGUUUAACUGCUAGACACAGAAGAGGUUAGUAAUCUAGGGAUCCAGGGCUAGCGGGCUUGCUAGAGUCUCAUACCCUAUUGAUGGAAGGGCUGGAGUGCCCUGCAGUAUUUGGCCAGUCCCAGUCCACGUACCUGUAACACUACUAAUAUGGCCGUUGAAAAUAAUCAUUUAUUAACAGAGUCUCUGGUGUUAAACUAUAGAUAAAGCUCUUGUGGUAGAAGCCUCUGAAGAGACUAGAGUUUUUCAAAUGCUAACAACCUUUGGAGGAUGUUAUUCCCCCAACAGGAUUCUUCAAAUGUUUACUCACCACUCCCAGAGUGUUUAUUAAGACUAAUUAAAGAUUGCCAAAAUAAUUUAAAUUACAUAGAAUGUAACAAUUUGUUAAGGAUUCCUCAGGAUAUCACACCUUCUGACAUUUCUCCUUAGUGACGACCUUUCCUUUCUUGGCGGGGAGGGGGCAGGGUCGGUAUGUGAGAGAGACAGAGGGGAGAAGGGUCCACUUAAAAUUCGCAGUUAAAAAAAAUUUUUUUCCAUUCACACACACAAAAGAACCCUCACAUCUGCAAACAUUUCACUCUUUCAGACCCAUUUUAUCAUAUUUGCUUUAACAUUAUCUCUGCAAAAAAGGUUGGGGGGGAACAGAAAGGUCAUAUUUACCUUGAUGGUCAAAAUACAUAAAACAUUAGGUUUAUUUCUACUGUAUUUUCAUUACUAGGUUAGUUAUUCUCAAGUUUCAGUUUGAUUGUGGCGCCGAGUAAACUAGAAUGAGAGAAUGUCAAAACCUCAGAUGCCACUACAUUACUGUUUUAUCAUACAGUAUCAACUGAGAAGAGCAUGAUGUGGGAGUUCCUUCUACAUACCAGGGAGAAGGGAAACUGCCAUGGAUAAAUAAAAGGAUUCUUCAUGUCAUCACUUGGGAAUAGCUCCCUUCUAUUGGUCCAUUCCCAGGAAUUUUCUAAUCAGUGUUUGGGGUCUAAGGACAUGAUAUGUAUCGAGUUACAUACCUCCCUGCACCAAAAAGAAGUAACUAUAUUCUGUAUUCUUUACCAAACAGUUGCCCUCUUGAAGUUUUUUUCCAGCAGGAUCCUUGGUAUUAUAGCCUACACUGGUUGUAUUUAUCAUCAUGACAUGGGGUUGAGCUGUGACAGUCAGUUAGAGGACACCUAGAGGGAAGACCUCCCUGGGAAUCCAGAACAUCAGAUUUGCCACACUGGCUUAGAACUGUGACCCAUCCUGCUACAACUGUGUCUGGCAACCAUGAAGGGAUGCUUUAUGAGUCUCCUCCAGAGGUUAGGAAUAACCUCAAACAUCCCUAAUGUCCCAAUAACUCACAAUAGAUCUAGGAAGUGCAGGGUCACACAGGAUUUUCCAAGUAACAGGGUGUCACUGCUUUUGGUUUUUAAUAAUGUUUCCAGUAACGACCAGUAUUUUUCCUUAAAUUAGCACAUUGAUCAGGCUAAAUUAAAUUCCUAUCUCAAGUCGUGUUGAUAGCUCAGUGUUCCCCAUAUUUUGACUACAGCCAGCAGUAUUUUUUCCUACAUGUGGUAGUUUGCACUUACCCGCACUGUGGCUGUUAUGCCUCUGCUUUUUCAUGCAGUCUUAUGAGAACUUACUGCGUAUUUCAAUACCCGGAAGAGCAUUUGUCAUCUUAGGUUUCGUUGUGUACUUGAAAUUCCAAGUCCUUUGUAAAAAAAAAAAGUUAAGUAGCUGGUGUGGCUACUGGAUCCCUGGAUUAUUCCAUUUGUCCAUCCAGAAAAGUUCCUGUUUAUCCUCUACCUUCUGUUUCUAUUUCAAAGCCAAUGCUUUAAGACAUAACAUCUGCUCCAGCCUAUUCCCUCUCUAUGUAGUCUUAACGUCUUAACUUCUGUACUCCUUAGUCUCACCCUGUAAGUUCAUACUCUGUACCUCACAGAGCUUUAUGGAGGGAAAAAUAAGAUACUUAAGGGUUGUCUUCAAGAGAGGUCCUACUUUUAAAGUGAUUUUAUAAAAGCCCCUAGGCUUAGAAAUGAGAAACUCUAUAGCUCUAAUUCUUUUCCUAUUCUUGUUUUGCUAUUUUUAUUUCUGGAAAGUGAUCUCUGUCUGAAUAGGCUUACUCUGGUUUUAACUUUCUUCCCAUUAACCCUUUUCACACUGAAAUUGUCCUUUAUCUUAUCCAUGCUCAGAACUUUUUACUUACAGAGCCAAAACUAAUUCUCCCACAGCAAAUCCCACCUGCGUUUACUCCCAUCAUUAAACGAAUGAAUGUAUUCCACAAACAAGCAUUCAGCUCUGCACAUAAGUCAGAAGCUAGUGAGACUUCACUCUGGCCCUGAGAAGAUCUGACCAUGUGCCUUGGUUUCCUUGCAUAAACUGAGGUUAAUUCUGCUAUUUCACAGCACCUGGGGUCGUGAGUCUUGACUAAUAAAUGGUGGAAAGCAUCUUGCAAAUGUCCCGUACUGUAUAAACGUGUAACGAAUAAUCUGGAGAGUCUUCAAGUAGAAAUGUAUUCUUGUGCAGCUCAGUUCAGAAUACUAAUAUACCCAUUGUUUUCAAAUAAAAUGUUUUACUAACCUGUUUUCUCCUUUAAAAAUAUUUUUAGUAAAAAUUAGUUUCUAGGGAUUUGAACUAUGUAUAGGGACAUAGGUCCCUGAUAGAAGAAACCAAUAGUAUAUAUUCUUGCUUGUCAGAAAAUGCUCAAGUUGUAUUUUAAGUGUUAAAACUAAAAGGGUUGCAUAACAAUAUAGUGGGGUAAGGAGGAGGAUUUUUAGCUCAAAUGUGGCAAAAUAUAGAAGUACAAAAAUUAGCUUUGAUUUUGAGAUUGUAUUAUAAAUAGUAGAGUUAAUGUGGUUGUUAUAGAUACUCUUUAUUUUUAAGUUACCAGAAAUUAUCUUUUAUUUUUGAACUGUAUGGUUCUUGACAUGUUUUGAAUAAAGUUUUUAUCACCUAAAA